AACUGGACCCAAGAGAAAUGGCCAUGAGAGAGAUGAUGGACAGGAUCAAGUCAGGGAAGGUCCAGCUCAGGCCAACCAGACUGACCGGAACGUCUGGGGAUGAAGAAGAAGAGAAGGAAAACAAGGAGUCAGCCAUUAAGGAGAUGACAAGUCUGUUGAAAAGGAGGACUAUCAAGAACACAGGCCGACCCCGGUCCAUUCAUGAGGAAAAUGAGCUGAUGAAAACACUGCAGAAGAGGAGGCAGAUCACUGACAAGACACAGGAACUGUCACUCAGGAAGAUAUCAGAGCCAGUUCUCCCGUCCCAGCACUCUGUUUUAAACAGGCCUGAACCAAUUGCAGAGGAGCAGGAGCCCAGCACACCAAAAGACGCUGGCCUCUUGCCAAGCCCUGUCUCUCCUGACCAAUCACCAACAAAGCCCAUCCCAUCCCCACGCAAAAGCAAAUUUAAGAAACAGAAAGGUCAGGAUUGGCCCAGCCAGGAGUCAGAUGUGGACAACCCCACCAGCCCCACAAACACCCCCCAGGGUGGGGACAGCACCCCCCAGGAGACAUAUGAUGUACCUAAGGCUCAUGCUAAAGAGAGUGGGGAUGCAGUGAAUGGUGCAGAGGGCCAAAAUGGGGCAGACAACAACCUGUAUGAGCCUGUGGAAUUUGGGGAGACAAAUGCAUGAUGGAGAGAUCACCUGUCAACAUGACUUCCUAAAAAAUCAUUGCAACAUUCCUGCUGGAAACAUUUACCACAGAAAAAUAUUUUUGUGAGAAUUUCAGAUCCUGUAGAAAAUUUUGAAUAGAAUCAGUUGGAUGACAUCUAGUAGAAUUCCAUUCAUAACAUUGUCCAAGUAGUGAAUGUUGUGCAGCACUCUGAACACAUUAUGAUAGUGCUGACAGAUCUCUGGUUAUGCUGACCAACUUCACAUUUGGACUGGCAGUUUGGAAAUCCUAAUUAACUCUUAAGUCAAAUAUCUCUACAACUGCUGGGCAUUAAAGUAAUGAGAGGAUUAAUGGUACCAUGAUGCAGAUAGAUGAAGGCUGUGCCAGUAAGACGUUAAAGUGACCAACAAGUUGAGAUCUGGCAAUGAAGGUUAAUUAGAUUUUCCAAAUUCUGAGCAUCUUUGCAAAUCUCAAGUGGCCAGAGGAAAGUAUCUCUUGAAGGACAAAGGUGUCUUCAAAGUCAAAAGCAUGCCAUAAUGUGGCACCAAUCUCAUCUUUCAUCCUCGCACUCCAAGUGCAAAACAGCAACUACAAAUGUAGAUAUUGUUGAUAUGCUAAUUCACUGUCAACAGCUACUGCUAUCAUGAUAACUAUGUACAAAAUAUGCAAAGGUAGAUCUGUCUUUCUGAUUCUGGAAGAUAAUUCCUUCCAUGACUGUUACCAUAUUUUCUUAUACUUGUCGUACACAGUUGCCAACCCCUUUACCUGUAAAGAUCAUAUUUUUUGUGAGAUGAGCAGAAAAAUGUAACUUCCAGGGUUAUAAAAUCAGAAGGGAUGGAAAAAUAUUGGGAAGUCUGGGGGCUUGGUUGGGGAAUCAGAAAUCACAAUCUAUAUUUUGAACAGAAAAGUUGUAAGCACCUUGACUGAAAUAUCUUGGAAAACGUGCUGUUGUAAAUGUGAGGGGAGGCUAUGGACAUUUAACAGUAUAUUUAGAAUCAAAAUCAAUUUUGCAAGACAAAUACAAAUAUGCAACUUCAUUUCUUGGCACAUUAAAGGUUAAAAUAACUUUUUUACUUCCUUAAGAUCAACCAAAGCAUGAGGUGAACCUGCAUGAACACAUUAGCACCACAGUGAUACAAAAUGUUUCAUUUGUGUUAGCUAAUUUUGGUAGGAUUAGCAAGAGGCAUUACAUUAGUCCAUAGGCACAUUAGUCCAUAGGCCAGAAACCACAAUUUUAUUGUAGGAGACCUGGUCUAAGUUCCUACCAAUACAUUAUGUUGCAGGACAACACUGAAGCAUUUAGCAGACAAGGUCAUGAACUCAAAGAGAAUAAAGAUCUUGACUGUUGAAAGGCCAAACAAAGACGUAUUUUCUAGUGUACAAUCGUUACAAAAUAUCAUCUUUUAGAGUGUGAAAGUCAAUUUUGUUUGACAACACAAAGACUUAUUUGAACAUGAAGGUUUUAACCAUUUGAGCUGUACUAGUGGCUUGUAAUGGUCCAAAUGUGUUUUGCUCUCUGAUUUGCCAGCUUUUAUCUAUUAUAUGUAAGAAUGCAACAAUGCCAUGGCUUUGGUCAGGUUUUAACCGAUACAUGGGGUAGACUUGUGGUAUUACAGUCUACAAGAACAUCUGUUAGAAAGAUAUCUAUCUUGCACAUUGAAUGUGGAAUUUUGAUGGUGCCUUUGUUAUCAGCAUGUUUUGUUCGAGACAGGACUCUCAGUUCUUUUUAGAAUUAUCGUGUCUCUACAUUUCUGUGAACUGUGGAACAGCUAGUUAUGAAUGUUUCCUUGUGAGUUAAGCAUAUCAUCAUCUAGUCAUUAGUUGCCAACAGAAUGGGUAAGGACUUAGUCUGUCUGCUAAAUGCAACUACAAUGUAUAUUUAGUGCAUACAAGAGGUUAUGCUUUAUUGAGUGUGCCUUUUUUAAAUCUGUAUAACUUACAUACUUAGUAAUUUUAUGCAAUUAUUUUCUCAAUUGUUUGGGAAAGGUAUUCAUAUUCCAAGUGUUACUUAAUACAUAUAGACAA